AUGAAAAAGAUUGAGUAAUAAAAAAAGAAUUUCUCAAUUAAAUUAUUGAGGUAAUUGGAUCAUCAAAAAUUAUAAAAUUUAUAUACUUAAAAUCUUUAAUAUAUGAUUUUUGAAUAUUAUGCAUGUGAAGAUUUAGAUGCUUAUAUAAUUUAUAUGAUUAAUUUAAGAAAAAUAGAAAAUAUAUUCACCAAGCGGUAAAUUACCAGAAAAGUAAAUUAGAAGAAUAUGACAUUGGCAUUACAAUAAAUGUAUAAAAAUAAAUUUGUCAAAGAAAUCUUAGACAUCAUUAAAAAUGAUACAUAAAGAUUUAAAAUUAUCAAACAUUCUAUAAAUUAAGAAUAAUAAUAUAUUCAGAAAUUAUUUAUAUUCACUUUAGUAUUAAAGAAGUUUAAGUAUUACUAUUAUUAUUAUUAUUAUUAUUUUUAAAAUCGUUUAGAUAAAAUUGGCAGAUUUUGGAUUUUUAAAUAGUAUGGAAGAUGAUCUAUAUUUAAAAUCUUAUUAUUUAAAUGCAUUGAUAUUUACUCCAAAAAUUCUAUAAAGGAAGCAAUUGAAUGAGAAAUGUAAUAAUGGUCAGUCGAAUUAAACGAUAUAUAUAGCAAAUAACCUUUUAUUCCACUAAAAGGAGCUAAUAUUAACAAUUUAAUUGAAAGUAUUUCGUAUUUUAAAUGUUAUAGAAGAAUUAAAAAAAAAGAAUUAACUGAAGUUAUCAGAGCUAAUCAAAAAUAUAUUGCAAAUAAAAUUAAAUACUAAGUAGUCUGUUGAUAAAAUGAUCUAAGAAAGAACUAUAAUUUGAAUGGAUACUUGUAAAAGAUGAUACUGAAGUAAGGAAAAGUUACAAAAAUGAUACACG